AUGCCGUCCAUUCUCAACGACGACGAUAAGGAUGCCGUCAAACGGUUCAUUCCUAAACAGUCCAACAAGAUCCAGGCCGUCGCUGUUGCUAGACUCUAUGUCGCCUAUCCCAAUCGCUCAAAAUGGACAUAUACCGGGAUACAGGGAGCCGUUGCACUCGUCAAUGAUCUAGUUGGAAAUACGUACUGGAUCAAGAUGGUCGAUAUCUCGCCCACCAACCGAGGAGUGAUUUGGGACCAGGAGAUCUUCGACACAUGGAACUACAACCAGGAUCGAACUUUCUUUCAUACCUUUGAACUCGAGGAAUGCUUGGCUGGCCUGAGCUUUGUCGAUGAGAAGGAGGCCAAACAAUUCAAAAAGAAAAUGGACGAGCGAGAAAAGAACGCCAGUCGAGCCACAAAGGCAACACCCUUCGGAGGAGGAGCACAACCAUCCCAUAAGCAUGGAUUGCUGGGAGGAUUGUUCAGCCAUCGCCAUUCUACCCAUCAUCCUACAGGCCCGACACCUCCGGAGUCUCCACGAAUGCCCGCAAAUUCCAUUCAACAUCACGUCAUUAACUCAACGCCCAAUCUCAAUGGCCACAGACAUUCGGAGUUUUCUCUAUUGGAUGCCUUUGAUCCCCUUUGGCGUGAGCACUUUGGAGCGGAUCUUCAGGACAAGGGCUUGACAGAUGACUUCAUUAAGGAGAACCAGGAGUUCAUCGUAGACUUCUUGAGGGAGGAGCAGCAGAAGGCUUCUCAACCUCACUCAACACCACCACCUCCACCAGCGCCAGCUUCACCUGCCAACGGUAAUGAUGGACGAAACUCUCGAGCUCCACCACCGCCUCCUCCUCCGCCGUCUGCUGGCCGUUCUCAAGAUGGACCUCCCGCGCCACCGGCCCCGAGAAAAGGCGGACCCCCACCUCCUCCGGCCCCCAGACGAUCUGGCAAGGCUGAGACUGCGCCUGAGCGAGCACCGUCACCUCCUCGACCCAAGUUUGGCGUACCACCACCAUUGGCAGAUGCAGGCAAGUUCGCUCACUCUGAGCCUCCCCGAGCUGUUCCAGCAGCACCCAACCCUGGACCACCACCUCCUCCGCGACCAGCAAAGACUCCAAUGGACUCGACGAAGAACGAGAGUCAUAGGUUUGGAGUCCCUCCUCCUUUCCCUGGCUCAAGGGUACCCCCGCCAACACCCAGCCGUGGAUCGGUUCCUCCUCCACCUCCUCCGCGCAGCGAACCCCCCGCAGCUCUUCCUCCGCCUCUGCCUCCAAAGGUGCCGACAAGCUCAGCUCCACCACUACCGCCUCCAAGCACCCGGCCUGUACCUCCUCCCCCAGCCGCGAGCUCCCACCCUCCAGUUCCUCCACCAUUGCCUCCAAUAACAAAUGGCGCACCUCCUCCACCACCUCCUCCUCCACCUCCUGGAGGUCCUGCUGCUCCUCCUCCUCCACCUCCUCCGCUGCCACCAAGCGGCGGUGCUCCUCCUCCGCCACCUCCUCCGCCACCUCCAGGAGGCCAUGGAGCUCCUCCUCCUCCUCCUCCCAUGCCUCCUGGUGGCGGCGCCCCUGCUCCCUCUGCUGCAGGAGACCCUAGUCGCUCUGCUGUGCUGGCAGGCAUUCAACAGGCUGGCGGCAUUCACUCUCUCAAAAAGGUUGAUCGCUCGCAGAUUCGCGAUCGUAGUGGUGCUCAAGUUGGUGGUAGCGACGUUGGCGGAAACAGUGCUACAGCCUCAGCUGUUAGUGCUUCAGGCGGUGGCGGUGGCAUGGCCGAUGCUCUUGCGGCGGCGCUGCAGAAGAGAAAGGAAAAGGUCUCGAAGAGUGAUGAUGAAAGCGAUAACGACGAUUGGUAA